CGGCUCUUCCGGCAACAAAGAGCCGGGGCAGAGGCCCGGGAUAAAUACUGCGCCCCGGCAGCCGCGCAGCAUUCCCGGAGUCCGACGCGACAGGAGACCCUCCCCAGCGCCUGCGCCUUCUGCGAGUGCAAGGACCCCCCGCGCCCACCCCAGUUCCCCACACUUGUCCCGGUCGCCGCCUGUGUUCCCCUAGCAUCUUUCCAGCGCCGCGCACCCCCGGGGCCAGCCAGGCCGGUCGGUCCCCGGCUAUCAAUCCGUCCUGUCCGUCGGUCGCGUCCGCGCUCAGUGCCAUGCCGUUCCUUGGGCAGGACUGGCGGUCCCCAGGCCAGAGCUGGGUGAAGACAGCCGAUGGCUGGAAGCGCUUCCUGGAUGAGAAAAGCGGCAGCUUCGUGAGCGACCUCAGCAGUUACUGCAGCAAGGAGGUGUACAAUAAGGAGAAUCUUUUCAACAGCCUGAACUACGAUGUCGCUGCCAAGAAGAGAAAGAAAGACAUACUGAACAGCAAAACCAAAACUCAGUAUUUCCAUCAAGAAAAAUGGAUCUAUGUUCACAAAGGAAGUACUAAAGAGCGCCAUGGAUACUGCACUUUGGGGGAAGCUUUCAACAGACUGGACUUCUCAACCGCCAUCCUGGAUUCCAGAAGAUUCAACUACGUAGUAAGGCUGUUGGAACUGAUAGCAAAGUCACAGCUUACAUCCCUGAGUGGCAUCGCCCAAAAGAACUUCAUGAACAUCUUGGAAAAAGUAGUGCUGAAAGUCCUUGAAGACCAGCAAAACAUAAGACUCAUAAGGGAACUUCUCCAGACCCUCUACACAUCCUUAUGCACACUGGUCCAGAGAGUUGGCAAGUCUGUGCUGGUGGGCAACAUUAACAUGUGGGUGUAUCGGAUGGAGACCAUUCUACACUGGCAGCAGCAGCUGAGCAGCAUCCAGAUCACCAGGCCUGCCUUCAAAGGCCUCACCUUCACCGACCUGCCAGUGUGCUUGCAACUGAACAUCAUGCAGAGGCUGAGCGAUGGGCGGGACCUGGUCAGCCUGGGCCAGGCAGCCCCAGACCUGCACGUGCUCAGUGAGGACCGGCUGCUGUGGAAGAGACUCUGCCAGUACCACUUUUCCGAGCGGCAGAUCCGCAAGCGAUUAAUUCUGUCCGACAAAGGACAGCUGGAUUGGAAGAAGAUGUAUUUCAAGCUGAUACGAUGUUACCCCAGGCGAGAGCAGUAUGGAGACACCCUGCAGCUUUGCAAACACUGCCACAUUCUCUCCUGGAAGGGCACUAACCAUCCGUGCACAGCCAACAAUCCAGAGAGCUGCUCCAUCUCGCUUUCCCCCCAAGACUUCAUCAACCUGUUCAAGUUCUGAAUCCCAGCCCAUGACAGCACGUCACAAGGCCCUGCUGAUCAGAUGGCUGCAAGUUCGGAUAACUUGGUCUGUAAAUAGUGUACAAUUUAAGCAUUGGCUUGAAACUUCUGAGCGAAGUCACUGAGAAGAGACUGCAGUUGCCAAUGAGAAUUUACAAAUGUGAACUGGUACGGAAAAGCAGAGAUACUGUAAAUAAGACUUUUUUUUUCUCCCCUAACAAUUUGCCAGCAAGACUAUAAAGGCAAGAACUCUAUGUCUGCCAUGAAAAUGGAGUCCUCUUGAUGUUCAUGGAAACUUCCUACUUCCCUAGGAAGAAAAAUGCAAAACUCAAAUACAAGAUAGAACGCCCUGUUUACAAUGUGAUAAUGUUGUUAAGACAUAAGGAAGGAGGAAGAAAAGAAUGCUACAGUUGAGAAGUCCUUGGGCUUUGGGUUUGGAUCUGGGUUUGUUUUGAACAGGCAAAGAAGUCCACCCAUCUGAAUCCUGCAUGGGGCAUAAGGCCUUAUCCUACGAAGAUGCCACACAAUGGUCUACCUCUAAAAGCAUAGAGUGCUCUCUGGCAGCAUACAUUAUCUAGCAGGCAAUGUCUGUGUUUCAUGUAAGUUCUUUCAUCUGUAAAGUGAUCUAAGAUGGGAACGAAUUAGGGAAAAAAAAAACCCUCUUCUUGGUUCUGAUUUCCUUUUCCCUCUCCUCUCCAGUAUCUAUGCCUUCUUUCCCUUCCAUGUUAUAGUUCAUGCAGGGAACCAGAAGGCCAGCUUAAGAACAGCUCCAGCAGAAGUCAUGGAGAGCUAGAAUUAGACACCUGUAGAUGUGAAGGCUUGGCACUUCUGAUUGAACUCUACCCUCUUCUAAUUAACUUCUGGGCUUAUCUGGACUUCCUCGGGUAUCUUCAUGGAUUAGUGAAUGUCUGUGAACAUAGUAGUGGCGCCCAAGACCUGAGGCUUGAGAGACACACACUUUUCACACCAGCCAAUUAAACAUUCUGAUAGCUGCUGUUUCCCCUUGGCAGGGUCAUGAGCCAAGGCUCUUUCUGUUCUUUAGGUCCACCAUCAAACUUGAGUCAUCCUGAACUGGGACUUUUCACAAGCAUGGUUUAAAAGGAAGCCUGGAGUUCCAGCCAGAUAGAGAGAUGAGUUCAUCUUAAACUUGUUUCAGGACUGAGUUAAAAGAAAGAGUUAAAAGACAAAGGAUCUCUGGGGGUCUUGCAAAGCAGAGAUAUGAACACUGUGGAAGAAAGCAAAUCUCAGGACUUCAGGAGUUAAUUCCUGGAGUGGGAAAAAUGUUGUUUUUUACCUUUUAUAGAUUGUUGUUUUUCUACAAUGUACAUACAUUUGCAGUUGUAUUUGCUUUUUUUUUUUUUACUCUCCAAAUAAAACUGCCACUAUGCAUGUCCUUGGCAAAGAAGCAGAAAUAGGACUUUGUCCCGUAUAAAUAUUAAGGAAGGUAUUGUGUAACCUGAAGCAUUGAUGCUUGGGGUGGUCCUUGGAGGAGAGGAAAGAUGGCCGAGAGAGCAUAUGCAGGAACAAGGGGCAGGCGAUGCCUCUUCCUUCAGUGACACUCGGUACUGUGCAGGCAGAUGGCGUCUGCAAGGCUCCCUGAUUGGCAGUCUCUGCACUUAACACCGGAAGUUUUCCAUACUUCCUUCUUCCUUGAGGGGCAAAUUAAGUUGAAUUUAGAGGCUCGGAAUGCAAAAAGGGAGAUGUAAAGGAACAAGAGUUGAUGUAUAAAGUUGAAUUUUAGAGAGUUCAAACCUGUAAGGGUUUUCUAUUUGUUCUAUUUGGUUUCUUUCUUUCUUUCUUUUUUUUUUCAACUCUUCUCCCCAGAAUGAUUUUUACAUUAAGAAUGUAGGGGCUUGGACUAUGAAGGAAAAGAAAGAAAAAAAGAAAGGAAGGAAGAGACAGAUAGACAGAUACUUUUUCCAAAAUUGUCAGACUCUCUCCACUAUCUCGCCUUCUGUAACGAUGUGGGGUGGAGCUGGGUCUGCCAUUGCUAUGAAAAGCCCUGGAAACAGUGAUUCUGAGAGACACUGCUAGGAUUAGGGGCUCAUGGCCUUUCACAUGUUCUCAUCAGCCUGUCACCACUGCUCUGCCAUGUUGUUUGGAGAUGGAAGGUUGUUGGGAACUUGGAGUUCACAGUCCCAGCAACUUUGCCUGCUUUGGACUGCCAGCAGAAAACCGAUGAGCCGGUCUCGUGGAGCGUGUCAGCAAGGCACAAAGGCGUAUAUCACACAUGCCCCAGGCAGCAACCUACCCAAGUGUAAGAUGACCCUGGCCCCUGGCAGUGAGGUCUGAGCUUUUCGGAAUGCUGACUAGGUGCCUGCAGAUUCUCCAUGAACCUUGGUCUCAUUGGUAUGUGACGCAACUGAGGAACUAAUUGAAGAAUGAAAAAAAGAACGUGGAUGGGUCUCUUUCACUGGGUAGUAGAAACUAGGAAGGAUGUGGCAGGUGGAGAGGGAGUGGGCCAGGAGUAGAAAUGAUGUGUCUUUGAUGGUCUGUGGGGGAGGAGUGACAGAGAGAGCAGAGCAGGCAAGAUGUCCAUAUUAGGCCAAGGCCAGAGCCUCUCAUACAAGUAACCGGAGUUCAAAACUUUUGCUCCUAGGACAUGAAUAGUCUAUAGAAUUCCUCUUGGCAAACCCACCCAGGACUCCCAGACCUCCAGCACAAAAACUAAAAAUCCCUGACGCAGAACUGCUGCUAUAAAAGCAAGAGGGGCGUGGCUAUAGAAAUUGCUAGAAGAACUUUUCCAACACAAAGGGAAAGAUACGUGUUUUCUCUCUACUCUACCUUCCUGUCCCUCCUUUGCAUGUUGUAAAGCAGGACUAGAUGUGCUCACUCUGAAUUCAUUCCGACAGCAGAGAGAAGGAAAAGCUUCUGCCCGAGCCAUUUGAGCUAACCCAGGGAAAUGGUGACUCAAAACAUGUGAGAGCAGUCAGCUGAGUCUCUGAAGAGGGAGAACCAUUCCAUAUAAAGUUUAGGAAUGCUCCUCUUAUUGUAAGAGCCAAAGAAAAAAAAAUAAACCCACUGACACUAGGACCGUGUCAUGACUCACCACUGCUGAUUGAGCAGGUGCAUCGGUGGAAUGGGAGGGGAGGGCAGCAGAAAGGAUCGGCAGUUACAAGGUGGAGUCCCCAGCCCAUCAGCUGGGAGAGGCUUUCCGGCUAGUGGUGAUCGAUUUCAGAUGAAAGUGGUUUGGACAAGAUUCUUCCCCUGCAGAAACUCUCAGCAGAAGAGCCAAUCUACUUUUGACUGUGAAGCCAGCUAGUGGGUGGCUCAUCCUUGUGGCCUCACAAACCCUUUCCCAUGAGGUGCUUGCUAUGGACAUAGACUCCUUAUUUUUAUUGUUUUACAUGGAAGAGAAAAGGCUGGGGACUUGAUUUGUCUAAGCAACUGGUAUGAUUCCCAGAGAGAUGAUAAAUCAUCACAGGAGGUGUUUAGCAGUAUAUGGUUCUCGGCAUUCAAAACAAUGUUUAUUAUAAAACAUGCACCUGGGUUUAUGUUUUUCUGCCUGGCUGUAGGGCAAUAACAUCUUGCUAUGCAAACACUCUAAGUUUUAUGUGUGAAUUUUUGACUGUAAUUUUAUGUGUGCAUUUUUUAACUAAACUAUCAUUUUCUAUGCUGACAUCUGUUGUUGUUUUUAAUCUGUUUCCAACUAUCUGAGUCUGUGAAGCAUCUCUUCUGACUGGAUGCUGGCUUGAAACCCGUCAGUGCUUAAACAGACUCAAACACCCUGAACCUCUGGGCAGACACAGGGAUCUUACUUUGAUAUAUCAUGGGCCAUCUAUGGCUUCAACAAACAAGGUAGUAAUUCUAAAUUCUAAAUUCUGUGUUUUCCUUCUCUGCUUUGCUGAAACAGAAAACAACACCACCACCUUUGGUUUUCUAGAUGAAGGAAAUUCCCACCCCAGACUUUAGACCAAGAAGGGUUGUUAAGAGAGGAUGCAUUCUGGCAUUUCUGCCUUUCAAGAUGCGGAAGCUUUUCCAGAACUGGCAGGGUGGGGAGCCUUCCUCUACACUCUCUGGGAAGUCAGCAACAGAGCUGAACAGAAACCUGGAGCUUCCUGAUGCUAGAGCUCCGAGUCCACCUCCCAGCCAAGCACCUUGUGGACAUCUGUAGAUUCACGACACUGAGUGUGACUCUUCCAAAGGUCCUCACUGUGGGAGGCAGGGGAGACCAUCCCAUGAUGGGCAUCUGCCACAAAGUUUUCCAAACCUUUCAAGCCUGAUGCUUUACCAGAGAAGUUAGGGGGUCCCUUUUCAUUUUCACACCCUUCCACUCUGUUGUGACUAUAGCAUUCUACUGAGCACAGCCUGUUUACUAGGAAGUAACCAGCAUGCCAGGUACGUGGUGCACACCUGUAAUCUUUGCAGAGGCAAGAGAACUAGACUCCUAGCCUGGGCUACACAGCAAGGCCUUGUUUCAAAAACAGCAGGAAGCAAACACCAUGUUUUGACAAAUUCGACUUUCCCUGGGGUUUUACAUAAUGACCCUUUAAGAACAGACACAGGAUCCUGGGAGAUGGCUAGUUAAUACAGUGCCUGCUAUGUAAGCAUGGGGACCUGGAAAAAGCCAUCUUUAGUGCAUGGGGAGUUCACAGGUCAGCCAGUCUUAAGAAACAAGUGAUAUCCAGGCUCAGUGAGAGACCCUGCCUCAAAAGUAAAAGUGGACAGAGAUCCAGGAAGAUGCUCAAUGUCUGCCCUGGCCUCCAAAUGCAUGUGCAUGUGCACACAUCCCCAGGCAUACUAGCAGGCACACGUACACAUGCACACACAUGCACAUAGACACAAAAGAAUAGAUAAAUGUUGACCUAGCUCCUGCUGGUACCCAAGCAUGUCUUCUCCCCUGAAACAGAAAAGUACAUUUAAGGCAUCUAUCCUCCCUGCUCCUUUUACCGGUGAGCCCCACUACAAGAUCCAGUGAGGUUCUGUCUGGUGGGAGUUUGCUCUGAUCAACCUUGUUUGCAAUUAGCAGAAUUUAUCUCAGGAGGCAAGGGAUGGUGACAGCCAUGACGUUUGUCUGGUGUGCCUUUUUCAAAGUAUCCUUGACUUCAGCAAGCAAAGCUUCUUGAGGAAGCUCUCUGAACUCAGUCCCUCCCCAUUUGGCUGGAAAUGGAUGGCUACAUCCAAACUCCAAGUUUCUGGAUGCUCCAUAUGCUUCAGCAUUACUGAACAUGACUCUGUCUUUGAGUAUAGAUACAUUUUUUAACUAUGCACAAGGCUGUUUAACAGAUGACUCCAAGCCUUGCUCCAUACUUGGGAGCCUUUGGUGCCAUCUUUAUACUACCAAAUGCCAGUCACCCCAGCUAAAGAGAGUGUCUGUUAUAGUCCAUGUCUAAGCUUAGAAGCUUUAAGUGUACUUUUUAAAGAAAACUAUUAGGGUGGGUGGAAUGUUUUAACUAAAUGUAUAAGGUUAGACAGAUUACAUGCAAAGAUGAUUGUUUAAUAUUGAAUAAUCUGAGUCCUAUAUAACUUAUUUGCACACCUUUCUUGCAUGAUGAACUGACUUUUUUUAUAGUUGUUUGUACCAGACAGUGGCAUAUUUUUGUAAACAUUUUUUUGACACAGAAUUGCAAUAAAUGUUUUUCCAACAA